AUGAUGAUUGGUGAAAUGGAAUAUACUGAUUCCUGGAUGAGCCAGAUCCAAAAAAAUAAAAUUCCGCUUCCUAAAAGCGUUACAGCAUUAGUAAUGAUUGUGAUAUUUAUAUUUUUGAUGCCUAUCGUCCUUACGAAUUUAAUGGUUGGUCUAGCUGUCGGUGAUAUUGAUAAAGUAAGGCGAGAAGCAGGAUUUCGAUUGUUAUCAUCGCGCGUAGAAUAUUUGGAUGAUCUCGAAAGGACAUUGCCGUUAAGAUUUAGAAAUCGUUUUUAUAAGCGAGGCCACACGGACAAAUAUACCAAAAAACUGAACCAGGCCGAUAAUAAGAACAUGGAGUCUACCAGUGCUAUUAAUAAAUCUGAUAUUACAUCAGCGGAUCCCAAAUUUGUAUCAGCAAUUGAACGAAUAGGCAAUCAAGAAAAAAGAAUUGAAUUUUUAACAGAACAAUUCAUGGCUUUUAGAGAAGAUGUCAUGAAAUCUUUUAAGAAAAUUGAUGAAGCAUUAAACAUUGAUCAAAUUUAA